AUGUUUUUAGUGUUAUCACUGUUAUCAGUCUUUCACCGCUUGACGCAUGUAGUUAUAUUGUAUCACUCAUUGGCCAUUAGAUUCUUUUUAGGUAGUCACUAGUCGACCAAAUUAUCAUUGUGAUCGUAUAUUAUUUAAUGUUAAUUUAAUCGUAAUGUGUUGUAUUAUAAUAUUCAGUAUUGUUGUAUAAAAGUCGAAAUAUAUUUCGUAAUAUUUCGUAUUCGUAAAUUGUAAUACUCGGUAUUGAAAACAAUAAAUUUGAAUAUACUUACAACUUUGUGGUUCGAACUCUACUUAUAUUUAAGCUGAAAACACUCUAAAUUUCUUAAUGACCGUGAAAAUCAAAACUUCAUAAAUGUUUUCAAUCACUACACUGAUUUUCUAUGUCGCUGUGGUGCUGGUCGCGUUUUAUCUCAAUGACCGAAACAGUACUAAUAACAAAUUACUCGAAUCUUAUGAAAAUAAUAUAAACAUAACAUUCGGCCCACUGAAUCUAGGAAACGAUUCUUCUUGUAAAGCACUUGAUUUUCAACUGAAUUACAAAAAACAUGAGGAUCUUGGGAUAUUUCUUUCCAAUUACGCUAGUUACAUGUCAAUGGUGAGUUUGUUCAAACUCUGGAUGAGCCAACGAAAUGAUAAAAUAUUCUUUGGCACUCUAAAGCUCAAUGAUAAAACUGUGAGUGCUGUAGCAAAAGGGCCUGGACGUAAUUGUUUUGAAAUGUUUGAGCAAACAGUUAACAUUGCUACAGAUAUAAACACAAUUAUAACUUAUGACCAAUGGACCUUAUUACCACUAAGUGGAGAUAGCCGCAGCCUUGAAAUAUGUUCAAAAAACAUUAAAUCGUUUCAAAAUGCAUUGCUUUACAGUUUUUUCAACUCUGUUAUUAGUGAUGACACCGAUAAUAAAACCCAUUCAUUGAUCGAAGCGUGGAUUGCUGCACAUGUUAGUGUUGAGCUUCUGGUUCUAAAGGUAUUGAAUGGAUAUCGUUAUGUACCAAAUAUUUAUGCUACAUGUGGUCGAGUUUAUUUUGUUGAAGAUUGUGGUUAUACCUUACAGUAUCACAUGAAUAAGAUGAAUUUGAGUAAUAGGCUAUUAGUGGCCAAAGAGUUAUUAACAUUGGCGUUGGAGCUUGCAGAUGGUACAGCUCAUCAAAGUUAUUCAUUUUACCUCACUGAUUUAACAGCAGAUAAUAUAGCUAUUCGACUGAAUAAAACAUCAGGAUUAUUACAGUCAUUGAAAGUAAUUGAYUGGAGUGAUGUUAUAAUUGUGGUCAAUAAUCAUAGUAUGAAGAAAACUGAUGAAAAUAUACAUGUAAGUAAACAUAUUGAUUGUGGGCCUGGAUGUUUAUCUUAUUCAAAAGAAGAAAUUUGUCAAUCGAGGGUUAGUGAUCACAAUAUAUAUGCUGUUUGCAAAGAAUUUUUAAGCAACGAUGGUAGACUAUUAMAUGAAAUAACAGACUUAAAUAAAACAAUCAAGUCACCAGAAAAUGAAGUCAAAAACCUUGCAUCUUUAUUGAACAAUUGUUUGUGGAACUUCGAUGAUGAAAAGCAAUCUGAAACAAAUAGACUAGAUACCGCUAAAUUGAUAAUAAAAUCAAUUCAACUUAUUUAUAACAUUGAAACAUCUAAUAGCACUGAUGAUGUUAAGUAAAUAAAAAAUAUAUUUGUAUAAAGAUAGUACACCAUUAAAAAGUAGAUAAAAACCAGAGACUGAGUGUAAAAGUCUGCACACAUUGCAACGCUAACGUUAGUAGUAAAACACAUCAGGAUACAAUUUAUCACUGAUGUAUUGUGUGGUGGCCUUUGAACUUAUUUUACAUUCAAAAUUAACUAUUUAUUUUAGCCUAUUUACCUAUAGUUAAGAUAUUUUAUGUUAUCCUAGGUUGAUUAUAGUUAAAACCUAAAAAUGCCUACUUUAAAUUUUAUGAUUUUUUUUUUAACCAUUGAUUAAUAAUUGUACUAAAACACAACAUUAAUGUUAUUAAUUAGUUAAGGAUGUCAAUAAAUAUGUAAUUUUUUUACUAUAAACAUUUUUUAUAUUCAAUUUGAUAUUUCGGUUAACAAUUUUGUUGCCUAAAAUUUUUAUGUAAUA